AUGGAUAUCUUUAACAAAGCUAUUCGCCGCCGCCGCCAUCGGUCUGGCUAUGAUGUCGACCUAUUGAGUGCUGCCUUCGGCCUCCCAUUUCUGCAUGUUAAUGGACCUGGGAACAACAGCGCUCGCCGUGUAGCACUCGACUACGUAUCUGAAUCUGAACCUGAUUCCGAAUGUGGCGAUGGCAGUGAAGACGGCUCCGAGGGUGCGUUUUCUUCGUCUUCUGAGGAUGAUCGAGGGCGUCAACAACGUGGCUAUGAUACACCCGAAAGAGUCUCUACGUCCCGUCCACUUCCUCAUUCGUCUCCUCAUCCUUCCAAAAGAUCCCCCAACAGAAAGAAACACCACCGUCGACAGCUCGCCAAGUCAUCACCUCGCUCAAGUCCUCGGAAAUCGUCUCGUCGACAGGGUUCUCGCUCGAGUUCUCGAAGAUCGACCGUCGAGAUCAUGAAUAGUCAGCAACAGCCUGUUUCUCAUGUACGGCCUUCUGCGACAUUUCCCCCUCAAUUUCCUAUUCCUUUGUCGAAGCAACAUUGUAAUAUUGUACAAUCUUCACCAUUUCCUAUUCCUUCUUUGAGCCAGCCUCUCAGAGUCCCAGUGUGUCAACCUUUCCCUCAGCAACCAGUGUGCUAUCAUCACCAGAUCAACUACGUUCCGCACCGUACAUCUACCUUGAUGCAAGCUCAUCCAGCUCAGUAUAUUGCGCCUGUUCCCCAACCUGUCGCAGCACGAACUCCUGCAUCUGAUCAGGCACCAACAGUCUCCAUGCCUCCAGCGGCAUUCAAAAACACCUUGAAUUCAGCAGGGGAAGGGGGUGACCGCCACAAAAAGCCUGGCAAUCAGGGAGACGCCAAGGUUUCCGGCCCGUUGACAAACCAAGUGCAACGUCUACAGAAACAUAUUGAAGCCAAGAUGGCUGACUUGGCCGAGGAGCCCAACAGCAGAAUCUUGCGUCGCGACCUCCGCCGCCUUCAAGACAGACUUAAUUUUGCCCUGAAUAAGGCUAUCACAGCAAGCAAAAAGCCUCACGCAAGACAAGUAUCAAACUCCACUUUCAGCGGCUUCUCUCAACCAGCCCAUGAUGAAAAGACUGCACAAGAAAAAGACUUUCAGCAGAGCCGGAAGCGAGAGCAAUUUGGCCAACGAGAUGUGAGUCCUCAGCGCAUCGAACGCCAUCACAUUUGCACAGAGUGUGGAAACAUGCGUUCAGCGCUCUACCACAAGAAGUUUCCUGUUGGCCCAGGACCAUCCACUAAGAUCAAUCUCUGCGAGAGCUGCCGAGAGAUGGAAUACAAACGAGGUGUCGUUCGCCAAUACCACUUCUGUUCCAAUUGUGGAAGCGCGAGGUCCAAGACAUUUCAUGCCCAGCACCCAGUCUUUCCAGGAGAGCCAAUCUUCACAAACUAUUGCGAUGCCUGUGUCCUGGAGUUCCACUACAAUGGAAGUCUGCCAGACGACUCUGUGAUUGGGCUGGCCCCCAGACUGAAGGACCACAUAGCCAGACGAGCUGCCAUUCAAAAGGAAGACGACAUGGAUUCUCUGACUGUCAAUCGCCAUCGCAAUCGUAGUAAAGGAGAACCAAAAGCCUCCCUUGACCAGGACGAGGCCAUUGAGUACAAGAAACAGGCUCCUACGAUUGGGAAGGUCCGCGGAAGGCUUCCUGAACCACGAGAGCCCAGAGACACUGUCGUUUCCCCAGAGACCACCGUCGUUUCACCAGAGUCUUCUUACUGUCCCUCGAGAAAUACGGGGUCUUCCAACCGCCGAGCAGAGCGGAAGUCAUUGGGAGAUACCAACACUGAUCCUCCUCCUCCUCAUAAGGAGAGCGAAAAGCGUCCUCGGAAUUACCAGGCACCAUAUGUUGAAGACUCGGUUUCGACGGCUCACUCCAAAGGAGACACUCACAUUGAUAGCCAUGAAGGUGAAAUGACUGGUCAGAAGUUCACAAACAAGGUUUACGAGCCAUGGAAAACUCUUCCGCGUGACUUUGUUCUCAAGUCCGCAAUGGCCAGUGAUCGGUCAUCUUCGGACGGCUCCGGAAAAGCCCAAGAUGCAACAGAAAAGGGACCACAUCGACCGCGCGAGAAGUCUCUUGACUCUGAACGGUCUGACCCAAGCUCCUCCAAGUCUUCCGGUAGUAAGACUGUGAGAUUCAAGAAGUCUAUUGAUGUUCGUACUCCCUUGGCCCACGAGGGCGGUACUGAGUUCUCGGAGCCUGAGUCUCCCAUCAGAAUGAGGCUCCCAGGAUCCCCUCUCAUCUCACGCAAGAAGCCAUCGUAUUACAACAGCUAUUCGCCUGAAAGAAAGGUCACAGACAAGAACCUCCAUCCUCACUAUGGCCAAUCUUCAAGGAAUAGUUCGGUACCCAACCGCGAGAACUUGCGUACACCAGACGACUUUCGGCCCGGAGCACCUUCGAAGGGCUACUCUCAGGGUGCUUUCAGCAAAGAUUUUGAUAACGGUGGAGACUGGGAUUCCUUCCGAAGUCCUGCGUACUCCUACGUAGAGCAGUAUGCAGAUGACGGCCCCUUGCAUGAACGCCAUGAGACAGACGAAGGAUUCCAGGCGCCAACUCCCAAGUUUCAUGACUACAGCUACCAUGAUCAGUAUAUGGAGUCCACUGCAUCUCUCCCAUCCCGUAUGUCUUCAGGAAGCGUGUUUUCAUCCUUCUUUAAGAAGAAAAAGAACAAGUCAUCUUCCGUUCCCCCAGGCGAUCGAGCAGGCUCAUACCCUCCAAGUCACAACUUUAACGAGACUGCCAGAGACAAUUAG